CUUGGAGCAUGACCGAGACGCGCUGAGCUCCCAGUGCGCGUGAAGCUCCGCGAGGUGGAGAGACGCGAGCUGCUCCGGUUCCUCCUCGGCGCGCGCGUGAGGAGUACGUGUGUUCCCCUCGAAGCCCGGAGAGCAGCCCGCCUGGACAGGACCUGAACCUGAACCUGAACCUGAACCUGAACCCCCCCCCCCCCCAGUCCUCCAUCCCUCCCCAGUACGAUGCGCCGCUCUGCCCCAGCUGCUGCCGCUGCCGCGUGCGCGUCGGAGCGGUGAACUUUUCAACGAGAUUCGCGAAACAGGUUGGCAGAGGUCCCGCCCACACACACACACACACACACACACUCACUCACAGAGACAGCCAUGGGCUGCGGGCUGCGCAAGAUGAAGCCGACGUCGGAGGAGAACAGUCCGGGGAAGAUCUACUCCACCCUGAAGAGACCGCAGGUGGAGACCAAAGUGGGCGUGGCCUACACCUACCGCUACCUGGACUUCCUCAUCGGCAAAGACGGCGGGACGUCCACGCUGCGCCUCUCGUCGGUGCGCGAGCUGCCCGGCCAGCUGCAGGAGCUCUACCAGCAGGGCUUCGUGCUGGCCUCCGUUCACCCGUUCAUCCACCCGUGCGGGCCGGAGUCCAACAGCCCGCAGCACCAGCUCUACCGGGCCAUCCUGAUCCGGCUCAACGACGGGGUGGAGAGGAGCCAGUCCGUCUGCCCGUCGUACAAACUGCAGCUGGAGGAGUGUCUGUCUGCCGAGCAGGUGCCCACCCCGGAGCUCAUCCAGGGCUACGUCAAGAAGCAGAUCCAGGAUGCUGCUGACCAGGGCGUGAUGUUCGUGGGCUUCGUCCAGGAGCCGUACGGGGCGCCGUGCACCCGGAUCCGACAGCCGGACACGCCCUCCCUCUCGCUGCACUCCAGCCCCAGCUCCGUGCUCGCCUCCCUGGGCAGCCGCAGCCCCUCCAACCCCUCGAGCCCCGGGAACCACGCGGCGGCGGCGGCACCGGGAGCUCACCGCGAGGACGCCGGGGUCGUCAAAGGCGGGGACGAGGAGGCCUCGAGCCAGGCCGGGGGAGGAGCGGCGAGCGGGGAGGAGAAUCGAAGCGUGAGCGCCGGGAACCAUUCGGGGAGCGCGGUGCAGGGCGGGCGGGCCGGAGCCUCGCCUGCGGCGCCGGGGGGAGAGCCGGAGCACGGCGAGGAGCCGACGGAGGAGGAGGAGGAGGAGUCGCCGUGUCACAACAACAACAAAGACACGAUGGAGAGGCUGAGAUACCGCCUGAGGAGGGGCGACGGCGCCGAACUCUUGGCUCUGUACAACCGCCCGCCGACGCGAGAGGGCCAGGCGAAGUACUACACCAUCAAGGUGCCGCUGAGGGUCCAGGACUGCGACGAGGGGGUCAAAGGCGUGGAGGCCAACUGGCUGGAUCACAUGACUCAGCACUUCAACAACGGCGCCUCCCUGGUCGACGGAUACUUCCACCUGGGCAACGGGAACGACAUGCUGCCUAAGUCGGUGGAAAGCGUCUUCAUCUUCCAGGAGGCGAGCGAGGGCGAGCCGAACGCGCCGACCCCGGCGUACGACGCCAUCGUGGUGGAGCAGUGGACCAUCAUCAACGGUUUGCAGGUGAAGGCCGAUUACGUUCCUCUGCUCCAGUCGCUGGCCACGUACGGGUGGAGGCUCACCUGUGUGCUGCCCACUCCGGUCAUCAAGACCAACAGUGACGGAAGUCUCUCCACCAAACAGAUCGUGUUCCUGCAGAGACUCGUCUUGGGCCGGAAGAAGAGGGAAUCCAAGAAUUUGAUCUUCAAGGCCCGAAGCAAGUCCAACAAGAACUGCCUCAAAGACGCGGCGAAGAACAACAAGAAGAAGACGAAGAGGACGAAGGCGGAGAAGGGCGCUGACGAGCCCAAGGCUCUGGACGGCAGAGAGAGGACGGAGAGAGAGGAAGAGCGGAGGACGCGGAGCGAGACCAAAGAGAACGGAGACGGGGCGGAGGGGAAAGGCGAGGGGGCGGGCGGGGAGGCGGUCGCCAUGGAGAUCGCGGCAGAGGGUGCGAAGCCCGCGGCGACGACCGAGAGCCGAGAGAAGGAAGAGUAG